GCUCAACUGCUUUCAGAGAUUUCUGUCUGCAGACAUUUUCUUUUUUUCCGCAUUGUACUACAUUUAACUCGCGUUAAUUUGUAACCUGGUUAAUCGAGCUCUUUUUCAGUAGAUUCCGGCUUGCUAAGCUCUCACAAGCCUACAUUCACCUUACAUACCUACCUACACACAUCGAGCGAUUCAACAAUCGUCAUCGGUGAGCUUGGACUUGGCAAAGUAGCAAAGUCACCAGCAAACAGACGUCAACGUCAACAUUAACAAGACAACGACUGUGCAAAAAACGCAAAACCAGUCGACCCUGUCUUUGGAACACAAUAUACCAAGGACGAUAUAUUCCCAUUCUCCUCGCCUGAGCGAGAAUAUUUAAUACACCUGCACCAAGUCUCUUGUCACACGAGCAGGAAAUAUGGUGAAGGAAACGAAGCUUUACGACGCACUGGGCAUCAAGCCCGAUGCCUCACAAGACGAUAUUAAGAAGGGAUACAGGAAACAAGCACUCAAGUGGCACCCCGACAAGAAUAAGAACAACCCAGAUGCUGCAGAAAAGUUCAAGGAGGUAUCUCAAGCAUACGAGAUUCUAUCGGAUCCAGAAAAGCGCAAGACCUACGACCAGUAUGGACUUGAAUUCCUCCUACGCGGAGGCGUGCCCAUGGACACUGAGGGCGGCAAUCCCUUUGCUGGUGGCGGUGCUGGUGGAAUGCCUGGCGGCUUCCAGAGCUUCGGCUUUGGCGGUCCCGGCAGUGGCGGCACCUUCCGCUUUUCGACCAACGGCGGGGGUUUCAGUUUCAGCAAUCCCGAUUCCGUCUUUUCAGAUUUCUUCAGGCAGGCCGGUGGCGGUGGCGGUGGCGGCAUGGGUGGCUUGAACCCCGAAGACCUUGAAGACAUCCUCGGCGGGGGUGCUCGCUCUUCGAGGGGAGGUCCGCGCAUGCGGACGUCGUUUGGCGAUUCCGCGCCCGGUGGUGGUGCGAGGUCACAAAGGCAACCCACGCCUGAGAUCACAACGGUCGAGCGUCCCCUGCCGGUGACGCUGGAGGAGAUGUACAACGGCACGAACAAGAAAAUGAAGAUCAAGCGCAAGAUGUUUGACGACUCAGGAAAGCGUACCACGACCGACACGGUUCUUGAGGUCCCCAUCAAGCCUGGUUUGAAGAAGGGUAGCAAGAUCCGCUUCAAGGGCGUGGGUGACCAGGAGGAAGGCGGCCAGCAGGAUUUGGUCUUUAUCGUAGAGGAGAAAAAACAUCCGCUCUACACUCGCGAGGGUGAUGACGUCGUCCACGAGGUCGACCUAGAGCUCAAGGAGGCUCUGACGGGCUGGAAGCGCACAAUCACAACCAUCGACGGGAAGCAGCUGCAAAUCGACAAGGCAGGGCCUACGCAGCCAGGAUCUCGCGACACGUACCCUGGGCUCGGAAUGCCAAUUUCCAAGAAGCCUGGCCAGAGGGGAAACUUUGUUGUCAAGUACAACGUCAAAUUCCCCACAUACUUGACUCCCGAGCAAAAGGCAAAGCUGAAGGAGAUCUUAUGAAGCGGAUGACUUGAGGAAAGUGGUAAAUAAAUUUCUUUGUAAUUUGGCUUAGAGGCGAAGACAGUGAGUACAUUAGGCGUUUACUCUUUCAGCUUUUGAUUUUCCCACUUUUUGUUCUCACGGAUGGGCGUCUGCAUCCGCGGCAUGGGAGUUAUGAGUAUACGUUUGGUUUUUUGUUAUGCUCUUUUUUUGGCGUUCUUGUUUCUUCUUCUUUUUCUUUUCCAUAGCCAGCUUUACUACUGGAGACUAGGUGGCAAGCUGGACUCGACUUUGAAAUAUAAGUGGUAUAAUAUAGCACUUAUACAAACGAAAUGGUG